AAACAAAACCAAGAAUAUUAAAUCACUUAAAAUGUCUCCUUUCCUUUCCAGAUGACUUUCACUCGUCCUGCAAACCACAGACAGCUCACCUUCACAGAGAUCGCUCAGAGUGCCAAAAUCCCUGUUAAUGAGGUGGAGCUUCUGGUGAUGAAGGCUCUGUCUGUGGGGCUGAUCAAAGGUAACAUUGACGAGGUGGACCAGAAGGUGCAGAUGACCUGGGUGCAGCCCAGAGUACUGGACCUGCAGCAGAUCAAAGGUAUGAAGGAGCGUUUGGACUUUUGGUGUGGCGACGUUAAGAACAUGGCCAUGCUGGUGGAGCAGCAGGCCCACGACAUCCUCACCUGAAUUUCCCCUUCGGCCCCUCGGAGGGAGACCUCACUCUGUUUUUGUAUUGUUUUUCUUUCUGUUGGAUGUUUAUUCUUCUGUUAACCAUCUCUGUUUAUUAUCAACCUGUAAAUUACACUGCGGUGUUUUGCAAAUAAACACUUGGUUGUAACAUUAUUAUCGUUGCCAUGUCUGGACAAUAUUGUUCAAAACAUGAAUAAAAAUGACCAUGACAACAGUCAA